AUGACUGAAACUACUGAGUCAUCCGUCGUUAAUUCUACUAGACAAGACUUUGACUCUUUUAAAGAACGUAUAGACGCGCAAUUGAAACAACUUGAAGAUGAAGCACUUGCAACAGAAAAAGAAACUGAGAUUGUAUUACAACAAAAUGCUAAAACUAAUUCUAACUCACAAUUUUUAUUAGCUGAGAUUAGUGCGUUUGGAAAAGAAAUGGAACAAUUAAAACAAGAGAUGUCUGAUGCACAAAAGUAA